AUGAUCACGUUGCAGACACCAACCUGCUAGCUGGACGACGAGUUAAAGCAUCUUUACGAAGUGUUCCAUGGAUUCAUUGUUAACCAGUGAAGAUGGUUUGCCACCGAAUGUCAAGAGUCAUUGACGAUCCCGCGUCUUUAGCUGUUUCCAUUGCGUUUACACGGUUAACUUGAGUACUAGCUUAAACAGGCUUGAACUGGCUACGAUUCGUUGACUCCCUUGUUUACACGUUAGCUAGAGGUAUUGUAGCAUACUUUAAAACACUGACUGCAUAACUUGUUUACAACCAGUUUUCUUAUAGCCAGCCAGAAGUUGACUAUGUUUAUAUUUUCAUACUAUGCAAACUGACUUUCUACAUUCAUCGCUUUGCUUGUCAUCACUAUAUAUAGCAGUAGCGUCAGCUUACAAAAUAAAGCAGAUUGCAUUGACACCAUAGCUUAAUUGACAUCGCUAAAAACGCCGCAAAGGUCAGCUAUAAAGGGAUAUUUAACCACAAGGAGAUAGUGUCAUAAAAGCGAAUUGCUGCAAUAGAUGGCAAUUAGAAAUGGCAUAGCUACUUAGCAUGGCAACAUCUCAUGGAGGCUCAUAGAUACCAGGGCAAAGGAGUGUACAGUGGUAGCCACAUCGUCACCCAGCUGCCUCUGGAGGCCAGACAUAGGAGUAAACAGCGGUGUGACUCGGUCGUUGACAUCAAAACAUCAUCACUGAAACAAAGGACAAUGGAGUCUGUGAGGAGUGCUUUCCACGCUCAGCUUGCCACCGUCAUGGACUCGCUGCUGGCAGCUGCCGUGUGCGAGAUCGCCAAGAUCUUUGAGAGCAGCCUGUGUGAACAGCAGGCGGAGCUGGUGCAGAAAACAGAGGAGAUCUCCAUCCUCCGUGGCAAGCUGGAGAAGGUCGAGAGGAGGCAGAAGGCGAAGAGCGGAGGGAGCGAGGAAGGGGAGAUGUCGUCCGGUGACAGGGAGGGCAGCAUGAGGCAGCAGACCCUGACAGGAUCAGGACUGAAUAUGGGAAAGGAUGUGUCUUCUCAUCAAGACUCAGUGGAAGGACUCAAUCAGAACCUCAGUGGGCUGAAAGAGGAGGUCACAGGCCAGGAGGGAGCUUCAGUAAAACAUGAGCGUGCUGGAUCACGGCCUACCGUGGGUACUGUCGCAGUGCAAGCUGCAGAGGGAAGCCUUGCUGCUAGAGACCAGAGGCAGAUAGAUACCUUGUCUGCCACACAAGCCAAGGCCAAAUCAGUGUCUCCUUGGGAUCAGGGCAGUCGCAGUGCAGACCACAGACCCCUCCAGGAUCAAGCCUCCACCCCUUUUCUCUCCAUCUCUCAGAGUGGACGAUGCUCACCCAGGCCUGACCCAAGCUUAGCUCAACCAGGCGAGUGGUUACCAGGGUUGGAUGCCACCCGAGUUGGGGUGUCCGGUCUGGAGAAUCUGCAGGCAGAUGGCACCAGCUGCUCUGGUCCACCUGGUAGCAGCACUGGCACAGAUGCGCCCUGCUUCCGACCUGGUUUUGGCUCUGACGAGACCAGCAACGAAGAUGAUGAUAGUUCUUUCCCCUUCCUUGACCAGGAGCCUGAAAACCAGAACUCCAAUCAGAACUCAGUGCAGGGCCAGGACGUUGGGCAGAGGGGUUCUCCGCAGGAUCAACUCCAAGCUCCCUCAAGUGAAUCACCAUGGAGACCCAGAGACGAAAGGGGUGGGAGAGGCCCCAUCAGUCAUACACGGCGAGUCACAACAUUUGGCAACAGAGACCCUCUCCGACCACAGUCCAAUUCACAGUCACUCACACUACGGCACACAAACACCCUCAGCCACCCUCCAGCUCCCGGUGGUGGGAAUGGACGACCUUACACCUGCCCAUACUGUGCCAAGUGUUUUACCUACCCCUCCCACCAGCGCAGACACCUUUUGCGCCACACAGGAGUCAGACUGCAUCCCUGUCAGUUUUGUGACAAGAGCUUCCUCACUCCCUCUGAGCUUACUGUGCACACACGCACACAUACGGGGGAGCGACCUUUCGGCUGCGCUCAGUGUGGUAAACGUUUUGCCCGCAGCGGGAACUUGAGAGCCCACCAACGGGAUGUUCACAUGGGGAAGAGGCCCUUUGCUUGCACAGAGUGUGGGAAGAGAUUUGCCCACAGGGGGAACCUGAGGGUGCACAACCACAGAGUCCACCAAGGAGAUCCCUAUUACAUAGAAGAUCAGCCGGAGCCUGACAUAGGCCCUAAUCCCAUUUGAAAAGAUCUUAAAAAAGAUGGUUCCGCACUUUAAUUUUGUUUACAAAACCCUGAGAACUUGUUUGUCCCACUUAAAUUAAUUACUGAACACCUAAAACAAUUUCAAAGUAUUUAAGGUUUUUGUUUUCUUUCUUUGUUUUUUUUUUGUUUUUUUCAAAUUUGAUGCGGGAAAACCAUAAAAAUUAACCCCCAUCAAAAUUUAUUUUAUGUUAUUAAUGUAGUACAAGAUAAAAGUAAAUUUUAUUUGAGUGUCUUAAUUUUAUUUUCAAGUAUGAUUCAGUGUCAGCAUUAUGGGUCACGCUAAAAGGGAGAGCUUUGUAUUUGACUGUAUUGUAAAUGACUCGAUAUAAUCAUUAACAAAUAAGAAAUAUUGGCUAUUGUUGUAAAAAACUCUUCCCCAGGAGGAUCCUAUCCUCCAACGGUGAUCUUCCCGGUCAGUGGAACUAACUGCACAAAUCUGAGUACCAUUUCAUUACUUGAGGUGAAAUAAGUACAAAGUGAUGUUUUUCAUUAAGCCAGUAAAGAAAGUCUAGUUGAUAUUAAGUUUAGACAUGUGGCAUGCAGAGGUAGGAUUGCACAUCUCUUCCUUCAAAAUUGUGCUUAUCUACUGCCCAUCUCCUCAAACUUUUACUUACACUGUGCUUUAAAAUAGAAACGUUAUUGCAAAAAGUACAUUACUGUGUUGUUAAAGAACUGCGAUUUUUUUUUUCUCAUCCUGUUUUUGCAAAGUGAAAUUAAAUAAUAUGCUAAUGUA